AUGGAAGCCCAUUUCAAGCCCAAGACGAUUCUGGCGGAGCCGCCAAAAGAAGACAUCUUCAAGAAGCAUAAAUAUGCACGCCAAUCAGCUCCAAAAUACGAUGAAACCACCGAGCUACUCAAGUUCCAAAUUUACGACAACUUCGACAACGCACGGAAGCUGAAGGACGAAUUGUGGGAUCUGCUGAGAAAGGAGAAGGUCUUGGAGGGCUGGGAGGUUCAGGAGUUGUUUCUCAUGACCAACAAUGGAGAGGUUUUCGAUGCUUUGGAUGACGAACGACUGCUCAAGGUUUACAAAAUGCCUACUUUGGAGGAAUUUCUCGAUUGUCUGUUUCCACCGACCGUGGGUAUUUCAUCCACAUAA